CGCGCCACUGAAAACGUGAAUAAUGUGAUAUGGCAAAGUAACUUCGCAACGCUGCACGCGUGUACGGUCGCCAGUGGCUUAGAUUUAGUUGAAAGUGUUUGAUAUAAUUUUUGCGCGGUUUUUCGAAAGUUGGUUAGAGUAACCACCAAGCAUGUCGGCUGACCAAGUAUUCCACUCCCGGUCAGAGGGUAUCCCCUCCGAGGGAGUGAAGGACCAGUACGCAGACGGCAAGGCGGCGCGAACGUGGCACAAGUUUGUGGGAGACACGACGGUGCGGACACAGAACUAUAAGAACUUCCUCAUUGGACUGCUGAGGAAGCAUGGCUGCGUCAAUGUGCUGGACAUCGCUUGUGGAACUGGCAUCGACUCCAUGAUGUUGGUAGACGAAGGCUUCAAGGUGGUCUCAGUGGACGCGUCCGACAAGAUGUUGAAGCACGCGCUUAAAGCGCGCUGGGAGAAGAGGAAAGACACCAAAUACGAUGAGUGGAUCAUCGAAGAAGCCACUUGGGAAACCCUUCCCCGCGACAUCCAACCGUUCCUCCCGCCGACCAAGUUCGACGCGGUCAUCUGCCUCGGCAACUCAUUCGCCCAUCUGCUCGACGAGCACGGCGAUCAGAGGGUACAGAAGAUGUGUCUGCAGAACUUCGCGGAAUGCCUGAAACCGGGAGGCCUGCUGUUCAUAGACCAUAGGAACUAUGACGCCAUGAUCGACAGUGGCGCCGCCCCUGGACACUCUAUUUAUUAUAAUUGCAAAUACCCCGUGGACAUCAAAACGUCGGUACUGGUGGUGCGCGGCAAGCCGCAUCUGGUGGCCCUCGACUACUGCAUAGACACCGGCGAGGGCGACUCUGGGAAGAGCGAGUUCCGUCUCUGCUACUACCCGCACAAACUGGACAAGUUCACGAAUAUGCUGGACGAAGCCUUCGCGUCGGGCGCCAAGCACCACAUCUACGCGGACUUCAAGCCGCUCAGCGAAGUGCCCGUACCUGGCUUCUAUAUUCACGUCAUGGAGAAGCCGCGGAAUUGACCAUGACCUUGACCAUACUAUACUUUGUACCUUUUUAUUUAAUAAAUUAAUUACCCAAUUUCCA